UUUAGAACACGAUAAUUCAUCGAUUAAACAAGUCUCCCAAAAGUCAACGCAGCGUCACCACAAAAUUCUUCAAAUUUCAAUUGUGCAAGAAUAAUUUUCAGAUUCCCCAAUCAUGGCCGAGGGCAAGGAGGAUUCAGAAGCCGAUCACCAUCACCAACCUCUACCUUUUAUAGAGGUGCUGUGCAAGAGUUCCGGCAAAAUUAGGCGUUUUGCCGCCGGAACCGACGCCGGUUUUGCGGUUAAUUUGAUAAACCGGAAGCUGCUUUCCGACGGCGGUGGUGGAGCGAAUCGUUUGCUGGUAACACACAUUGAUGCAGUUAAAGAAGGGGAAGAAGAGCCUGUUAGCUUUGGCCCUACCUCUCUGCUUGUGAAUUAUGGCUCAGAUUGGAAGUUGCAAACUGUGGUUGAUUCUAAUGGUUAUAAAGGACAGGUCCACAUUGGCAGGGAGAAAGUGCCCAAAGCUUAUGCUCAUGGUGUAGAUGGUUCACAUCCAAUGACAGAAAGUCGGUCGUCGCCCAUCACUUUUGUGUACAUCGGAAAGAUAUUGUUUGCAUUUCUUCUGUUAUUCGUGAUCGGUGCAGUAUUCACUCUGUUUCUGGAAAACCUGCCUCAGUUAAUCUUGUACGUCAACUCAUCAAUCUGAUUAGAAACUCAACUCAAAUGUAAGUUCUUUUACAUAUAUAAUUAUAUAUAGCUGUUUUCAGUUUCUCUGCCACUGCCAAUAUUUUGGAUGCUAUAUGAUUAUAUCCUGUAUUUGUAUUUAUUUGGAUUUUAUACAGUCGGUAUACUAUCUAUGAUAUUUAUUCUUUUA